GCAGAGGAACACAAGCUCCUCAGUCUGGUUUGUUUUCCAGGAGUCACGGAGGAGGAGAACCAUCAGAGGAGGAGAAACAUCAGAGGAACAUCAGAGCUGAGAAUGACUGACGUGCGGUUGGCUUCAGUUUCCACCGUCUCCAAGGUUACAAGCCUGUCACAAGGAUGCGGUUCCCACGGCAACGAGCCUCCAGCUUUCGUCCUUCCUCCCCGCAAUGCCCGGGUCACGCUGGGGGGAGAAGCUCGACUGGAGGGCAAGGUGCGCGGCCAUCCUGAGCCACAGGUCACAUGGUACAGAGAAGGAAGGGCCGUGAUUGGUGGAGAGCACUACAUCGUGGAACGGGGUGGGCGGGGCAACUUCAGCCUUUUGGUGAGAGGGGUCACGGAGGAGGACCUGGGGAGUUACACCUGUCAGGCAACCAAUCAGGCGGGGAGCCGUCAGGUUACUGUGGAGAUCCUUCUGGAAGAGAAUUCUGGGAAGAAAUACGUUGUGCCGCCGUCCAUGAAAGCAGGGUGUCGCUCUGCAGCUCCUGCUGUGGAGAACAGGCCGAGCAUUUGGAGUGAGAGUCCUCCAAAGUUCAUCAACAAACCGAGCCGAGUGUUUGCCGAGCCGGGACAGAGCGCCAAGUUCUCCGCAAAAACCACAGGACGCCCACAGCCCAGGGUCACCUGGUACAAGGGGGAGGCGGAGCUUCAGUCUGGUGGGCGGGUCAGCAUGUACGAGCGCUCAGGCCUUCACUUCCUGGAGAUAAAGGAUGUGAUUGUCCAGGAUGCAGGAAGUUACAAGUGUUCGAUUAGCAACGGUUCCGGAACGGCGACCGCCUGCGUCGAGCUUACCGUCCAGGGUGCUCCUGACGACUCCUCCAGGACCGGCCGGCCCACUGACGACCCACAGACCAGAACCAGGAGCCAGAAGGAGGGCAGAGCUGCUCCCAGCUCCCAGCCCGAGGAACAAGAGCCCAGACAGGCCGCCUCCUGGAGGAGCAAACCACCUGCACAGCUCCCUCUGCUGGCUGAGAGGAGAACUGCAUCUAUUCAGGUCCGGUCCAUCGGUGCUCCUGAUCCAGAUCAGACCUGCUCAGUCCAGCAGUCAGGACCCGGCUCAGAUAGCAGGCCGGUGAGGACGUCCAAGGCGGGUUCCAACCUGCGGUUCGAGGCCGUUCCCCUAGACCAGGAGGCCACAGAGGGCGCUCAGGUCACGUUCGCCUGCCAAGUGUCCUCCUCUGCUGCCGGAGCCGUGGUCACCUGGCUGAAGGACGGGGGGCCCGUGAAGACGGGAUCAGGUCUGCGGCAGAGACGAGACGGCACCCAUCUCACUCUCACCGUGGAGAGGGUGAGACGGGUGGACCAGGGGACGUACAGGUGUCAGCUAACCACCGCUGACGGGCUGACGGUGGACUCUGCAGCGUGGACGCUCCUCGUGCACAGCAAGCAGAGAGGUGGGAGGUCAGAGGUCACAGAGGUCAGAGCUGCGUGUGAAGCUCCUCGCUUCAUUGGUUGCCUGGGCGAUCUGAAGGUGAUGGACGGCAGCAGAGUCGCCAUGACGGUGGAGCUGAGCGGUCACCCUCCUCCAGAGGUGGUGUGGCUCCACGAUGGGCAGGAGGUGACCGAGUCAGAGGACUUCCAGCUCCUCAGAGAGGGAACCCGCUGCACUCUGCUGAUCCACGAGGUUUUCCCCGAGGACACCGGGACCUACAGCUGCCAGGCCUGGAACCAGUAUGGAGAGGACCGGACCCAGGCCCGGCUCACUGUGGAGGAGCCUCAGGAUGGCGUCCAGCCCUGGUUCAUCACCAAGCCCAAAGAGGUGAGUGCUGCUGUUGGUCAGCAUGUUCUCCUGUCCUGUGCCAUCGCCGGAGAUCCGUUUCCCCAGUACACCUGGACCAGAACCGACCCGAGCCGAUCUCUGACCUCCGGAGGCGACUAUGAACUUCUGCAGAAAGAGGACGUUGUCUCCCUGCUCAUAAGACGAGUGAAGAAGGAGCAUGCCGGAGAGUACCUGAUCAGCCUGAGGAACAGCGUGGGCGAGUGCAGCGCUGUGGCCACGCUGUCGGUCACCGAAGGACGAGAAAAGGACAGGAGAGGACGGGACGGCAGCAGCCUGGCAGCAGCAGCAGGAGGAGGAGCAGCUGGUGGGAGCGUGGUGCUGAGAGGAGGUGGCAAAGGAGGAGGAGGCGUGGAGCAGAGAAGCAGCAGCAGCAACAGUGGUGUCAGUCGGCAGUGGCAGGAGGCCAACGAGGAGCAGAAGGAGAACCGGCAGCUCCCGCACCUGCACAGGGAAGAGAAGAAGAAGAAAGAGGAGGACCAGACCACUGCUCCCAGAGGCCUCCUCAAACGCUGUGUGGAAACCAGGGAGCGGGGCGAAGAGGAGCUGCGGCAGAGGGAGGCGCAGCAGCUGGACUUCCGCUCGCUGCUUGGACGCCGAGCCGUUCAAGGCAAAAACAUCCAAGAGGGAGACGAGCCGAGGGAGGCCGGCCCCGCCACCGCCGAGCACAACCAGCGCCACCACAUGGAUUUUAAGGCCAACCUCAAGGGUGUCAAACCCAAGAGCGAUGAGAAGGUGAACGCCCCAUCGCAGGUCGACUUCCGCAGCGUGCUGGGGAAGAAGGGCGCCGCAAGCAGCAACAGCAGCAAGGCCGCAGAGACGCCCACGAAAAACGCCGGCGACUUCCGCUCUGUCCUCGCCAACAAGAAGAAGCCGACGGCCCCCGAGAAGAACGGGGAGAAGGCGGAGGUGAACAACUGCAUGGAUGGAGGGAUUAAUGAGAAGAAGAGCACCGGAGGAGGAGAAGGAGGAGGAGGAGGAGGAGGAGGAGCGGCGCCGGAGUUUGUAGAGAAGCUGAGCGACAUGACGGUGCUGGACGGUCAGCGGCUCCGGCUGCAGUGCCGCCUCGCCACCGCUUCUGAUGUCACUGUCACCUGGACGCUGGACGGGAAGGUCAUCAAGGCGUCCAAGUUCAUCAUCCUCGCAAACGAAGGCGGCCUGUGCUCUCUGACCAUAGACAAAGCCCUGCCAGAGGAUGAAGGCCAGUAUAAAUGCAGAGCCGAGAACUCGGCAGGCAAAGCCGAGUGUUCCUGCACGGUUCUGGUAGACGACCCAGCUGAAAACUCUCCGGCCGACAAGAAGUCCAAGAAGGCGACUCCAACCUCAGAGAGUGAAGCCAGAAUAAAGAAGCCAACUCCAAAGACUCCGCCCAAACAAGCUCUGCCUCCUCAGAUCCUGCAGUUCCCUGAGGACAUGAAGAUUCUGGCGGGGGAGAAAGUGGAGAUCCUUUGCAAGUUUUCUGGAGCUCCGCCCAUCACCUGCACCUGGCUGAAGUUCAGGAAACCGAUCCAGGAGGGCUCAGAUGACAUCUCCAUCGAGAGUAACGACAGCAGCAGCAGGCUGACCAUCGGCAGCGGGCAGCAGGAACACUGUGGCUGCUACACCAUCGAGCUGAAGAACAGCUACGGCCUCAGACAGGCCGCCCUCAACCUCACCAUCGUCGAUAAACCCGACCCCCCAGCAAAGGUUCCUGCGGCCUCAGACAUCCGUCGGUCCUGCCUGACCCUGUCGUGGUACGGGCCGACCUACGAUGGAGGUAGCGCCGUGCAGUCCUAUAAACUGGAGAUCUGGGACUCCGUGGAGCAGCAGUGGAAACAGCUGGUGUCCUGCAAUAGCACCUCCUACAACGUACAGAACCUCCUCCCAGAGCGGCAGUACAAGUUUCGUGUCCGGGCAGAGAACAUCUACGGAGUCGGAGAGCCGAGCGCCGAAUCUGAACCUGUGACUGUCGGACUGGCGGACGAUGAUGAAAACCAAGAGGAGCCAGAGGCAGAGGAGGAGGAUGAAGACUCAGAGAAAGAGCCAGAGUACAGAGAUGUGACCAUCAGAGCAGACUUAAAGGUGAAGGACCUGUACGACGUGGAGGAGAGGCUGGGAACGGGGAAGUUUGGUCAGGUCUUCAAGCUGGUGGAGAAGUCUACAAAGAAGGUUUGGGCCGGAAAGUUCAUCAAAGCCUACUCUGCAAAGGAGAAGGACAACGUCCGGCAGGAGAUCGGCAUCAUGAACAGCCUCCAUCACCCCAAACUGGUCCAGUGUGUCGACGCCUUCGAGGGCAAGUCUGACAUCGUCAUGGUGCUGGAGAUGAUCUCAGGCGGGGAGCUGUUUGAGCGGAUCAUCGAUGAAGACUUUGAGCUGACGGAGAGAGAGGUGAUCAAAUACAUGCUGCAGAUCAUUGACGGGGUCAACUUCAUCCACAAACAGGGCAUCGUGCACCUCGACCUCAAACCAGAGAACAUCAUGUGCAUCAACAAGACUGGCAGCAAAAUCAAACUCAUUGACUUCGGCCUCGCCAGACGGCUAGAAAACGCAGGAACUCUGAAGGUUUUGUUCGGGACUCCAGAGUUUGUGGCUCCAGAGGUCAUCAACUACGAAGCCAUCAGCUAUCCCACCGACAUGUGGAGCAUAGGAGUCAUCUGUUAUAUACUGCUGAGUGGUCUGUCUCCCUUUAUGGGCGACAAUGACAACGAGACUCUGUCCAAUGUGACCUCAGCCACCUGGGACUUUGAGGACGAAGCCUUCGAUGAAAUUUCUGACAAUGCCAAAGACUUCAUUACCAAACUGCUGAAAAAAGACAUGAAGGCUCGGCUGUCCUGCGCGCAGUGUUUCGAACACCCCUGGCUGAAACAGGACACGAACACCAUGAAGGCCAAGAAGCUCUCCAAGGAGAGGAUGAAGAAGUACAUCCUGAGGAGGAAGUGGCAGAAAACGGGUCACGCUGUUCGAGCCAUCGGCAGAUUGUCAUCCAUGGCCAUGAUGGCUGGAGUCAGCGCCAAGAAAGGCUCCCCCACUGAAGAGGAUAACCAGUUCCUGGAGUGUUUAGAGUACGAGCAGAAAACCGAGUGUAAGCCGACGUUCAGCUCUGUCAUCAAAGACGUGGAGGUGGUGGAGGGCAGCGCUGCUCGCUUUGACUGCAAGAUAGAAGGUUAUCCUGAUCCAGAGGUGGUGUGGUACAAAGACGACCAGCCCAUCAAAGAGACCCGACACUUCCAGAUCGACUACGAUGAGGAAGGAAACUGCAGUUUAGUCAUUUCAGAGGUCUCAGGAGACGAUGAUGCCAAGUACACAGUGAAGGCCGUUAACAGUCUGGGGGAGGCGACCUGCACAGCCGAGCUGCUGGUGGAGGUGAUGGCUGGAGAGGAGGAGGAGGAAGAGGAGGAAGAAGAGGAGGAGUAAAGGAGCGACUGUCUGGACUCCCACAGGGAGAGGAGGAGGCAACAAUGAGCAACAAUCUCUCCUACUCAACCUGUUGGACCUGAGCAGGAAACUUACCCACAGAGAAGGUUCUGAUUGGAGGACAGGUGGGGAAUAUUUGCCACACCUGUCCUCACAUGCAGAAGGUUUCCAUUCUGAUUAAACCGCGUUUGGUUUUUAGUGAGCAGGGCAGCACUUACGUUUGAAGUACUGAGCAUGUGCAGAGCUGCAGCCAGGUUAGAUUUUUAAAUGAGGCUUUGUUGUGUUUCUGUUUUUUUAGUAAUGAGUCGUUAAAGUUUUAGCCUCCCGGGAUCAUUGGAGUAAAUGAAGUGAUUUAAUGUCCUGAGCGUUAAAAAUAUUUAACGAUAAAUCAUCGGCGUGGUUCUUACACUGCGUGUGUUUCUGAUUAUAUAUUUUUACUCAGGAUGUUAAAUCUGUGUGGGUGUGGCUUAUUGAUCCGUGUAGGGAACAAUAUCAGAACUUUGUGGUAAACACUCACUGAAUGUUGAUACUUUUCAAACUGCCCGCUUCAGCCUCGCACCAUAUUGUGCUAAACCACACCUCCUUCAGACAGGUAGAACACAGGCUCCGCCCUCUCAGCAUACAUGGACUCAUGCCUGUGAUUUUCUGUCUGUUCUGAGAAAUGAUUUGAUGUUUGAUGAUUGACACACACACACACACACACACACACACACACACACACACACACACACACACACACAGUGGUGGUUUCUUGCUGUUCCACAGGCAGAAACAUGAUGCUCGCUGUCACACAGCAGCUGUGUUACUGCAACACUCUGCCAGUGAUGUUUGGUACAAUUAUUCACAGUUUCCUAAAUAAUUUGUGAGAAUACGGGCAGAAGGCCUGGACUGUGUUUAGCUGUGUUUGACACAAACGUCGACCAAGAGUGUGUUCUAAUCCCAGUCCUUAUAAACACGCUUAUAUUUUAAAGACUCGUGGCAGCUCUAGUUCCUGCAGCUGAAGUCAACCAUGAGGUCGUGCAUGUGAGACCCACUCCCUGUGGGAGUCCAAGGGAGGGAGAAGAUGAGGCAGUUGGUGGAGAGCAGGAAGGCGGAGAUGAGCCGAAUACUCACAGAGCUGCAUCACAGUGGAGGGCGAACUGUGAAUAAAAGCUGCUGGUGCAUGACAGCUGAAGGCAAGAAGUCAUUUAUCGUGUUAGUGCUGAAGCUAGGCCAGCCAAAAUGAUACCGAUCAAUCAUCCAAUCAUCCGUGUUAAAGAGGACCUCUUCGGUUUUUCCUUCCCCCGACGCGCUGUCAGGGUUUCAAGUUUGUGACCAGCAGGCGUGUAAAAACACUGCUCUGGUUCACAAACCAAUGUUCUUUUUUUCUGCCACCACACUGAGCUGAUCUCAUCUCAUCACUCAUUUCUAUACACAGCUGCCCCUCUGCAGGCUUCCAGAAGUUAGCCAAUCAGAAGUGCUUUUAGGGAGGGAGGCCUUAAAGAAACAGCAGGUGACAGAGCUGCGCUGCAGCCCAGUGUAAGCUAAAGAAGGAUUAUUAUGAACUGUGAAGCUUGCAGAUCAUACAGAGCUGGAAACAAGUAGAAAAGGUCCACUUUUUCAUACUUAAUCGGAGCUCAGUAAACACUUUGGCCCAGAGGAUUUCUGGGUAAUGAAGUCCUUCAGUUGUGUCAUUAGAUGCCUCGACACUGACGUGAGCAGCUCUGUGAGUAAGAGGCUGAGGAUGCCGAUGCAUUCAGCUGGGAAACGCUGAAUCUGUCAGCUCGGCUCUUUUCUUCUGUUUGAGCACUUUUCUUUCUUUUCUUUCUAUUUGUGACUUUGACAGCAGACUUCAACAAAAGACAUCAGGGGGCUAAAAUCGACUCGGCCUUACGCUGUGAGCCUCAGAGCGUCGUCACUCUGAACAGCAGCCGGAGUGAUUUUUUUAUCUGCUGACGUCUGUCAUACCGAGGGACAAAACCUGCUGCGAGCUUCACAACGACCUGAGAGGAUUUUACCUCGGUGUCAACCAAUGAAAGCAACAUUUAGUCCCACAGAUAAGAGAAGAUCUAACCAGAAGUUCAACAGUAAUCUGAUUUUUUACAAUUUAAGAUUUGAACCUUUUUUCAUGAGCUGCAGAUAUAAUCGUACUUAUCUCACUAUGUCACAAUAAAACAUUUUAUCCUGUAAAUGAUUCAUAUUUUUGCCUGAAUGCAGGAUUUUUGACCAGAUGCAUCUCCACGUUUUGUAAGCUCAGCCAAAAUGAGAUUAUAUAAAUAUUUCUACAGAGAAAGAUCUCUACACGUAUCAUGAAGUAUUCUGAUUAAUAACAUAACGAAAGAGUCUACAUCAGAGACGCCUUAAAGAUGUAAAUAUCUUUCCGACCUGCCGAGGCUUCAUGUUUGAUGGUGCAGCGCAGUCCUGACAGCAGCCAGCAGAUAAACGUGAGCGCGCGGCGGCGUCUCCGGCUGAUUUUCGUGCCUCUGCGUCAAAGUCGUGACUUUUGUUGCACAUUCCAGCUGUUUGCUUGUUGGUGAAUCCACUUCUUUAAGCUUUACGGCCUCGUUAAGUUUCAGUCUGAAACCAAAGACGUGUUUUGAAAAGUCACCGGUGUGUUUGUGUGUGAUUUUGUCUCGAUGAUGUUUUGACCUGUUUGUGUGUUUGGUGGUUUGUUUCCAGAAUGUUUUAUUUUUAGAUUAUUUAAUGCACAGAUUUAUUAUUAUUAUCUUUCGAGCAUCUGUCUUCUUAAAGGUGUCGCCUGCACUUAAUGUUGUUCACGGUUAUUAAACCCUCCUCACCUCAGACCAGCAGUGACUUCACUCUUAGGCUGAUUGUUUUUGUAUUAGAUGUAUGUAGAUUAUAUUUCUCUAAUUUUUAUAAAUAUAUAUCAGUUUGAUGAACUGCAGAUGACAUGUAUGAGAACACUACGACUGUAGUUACUCACAGAUACCAAAUAAAUUUUUAUCACAAAA